GUUUCGAUAUCGCCUUCAGCCAGAUCAUCCGGGGCUAAAGGCAUUUCCAAUGUCGUCUCCCCUUCAUAUACAGGCUUCGGCAUCGAGCCAUCGAAUGUGUUCUCCUUUACUGGAUUCGAGCAACCCAACGAAUUCUCUCUCACUCUUAUGCGUAAUCUGGCCAACUAUUCCGGUGCACCAGGAUGGCUUCGCCUUGGAGGAAACACCGGCGACUAUUUCCUCUACGACCCCAACUUUCAAGAAUUCCGGAUGGACACCAACAAGAAUCCCACCGGCCAAGGGAACAUUCCCACGGAUCUUUAUUACAUCGGACCAGCAUACUUCAAGGCGAUUGAGCGGUUCCUAGAGGAUACACCCAUCACUGUCGGUCUUAAUCUGGCGUAUAAUUUCGUGGAUUGGCAGCAAAGGAUCACGGACAUGGCACAAGCGGCGGUGGAUGGGUUGUCGAAUACCAAGCUGGUCAGUUUUGAGAUUGGAAAUGAGCCGGAUUUGUACGGUCAGAACGGUUUCCGGAAACCCAGCUACGGAGGUCCAGACUACGUCCAGGAGUGGUUGGACCGAGCCAAUGUGGUCUACAACAAAGUUCUCGCACCAGGCGGAUUCCCCAAGGCCUUCUUCGAACCGGCCGCAACUGCGAGCACCAUCGGCACCAGUUUCCUGAUCGAUGUUCUGGUCGAAAAUGGCAUCCUCCAGCCCAAUCAGUCCUCCUCCGCGGUCGGCUCAACGGACGGCUUCGUGUCCGCGUGGAACCAGCACGACUACUUCUACUUUAUCAGCGUGUCGCCGAUGGAGCUGACCAUGGACUAUCUGGCCAAAUUUACCAGCACCGAGACUCAAUUCAAGCAUUGGAGCCAAGAGAUCGGCGACACCUUGAAAGACCACCCCGAUAUCCCCUAUCACCUCCGUGAGAUGGCCUCCGUCGGACCCGUCGGCCAGGUAGGUAUCUCGGACACGUUCGCCGCCACCAUCUGGACGUUAAACUUCUUCCUCUAUUCUGCCACCCUCAACAUCGCGUCCGUCCAGAUGCACAUGACAGACAACUCCUUCGCAUCCCCCUGGCAGCCCAUGUCCCACCCCGAGAAAGCCACCGAACCGCACGUCCGGCCCUCCUACUACGCCUUCGCCGCGUUCACCCAGCUCCUCGGGCACUGCAACGGCACCACGCAAAUCGCCCCGGUCUCCGUCAACGACGCCCCCUCCGGCUACGGCGAGUACCUCCGCGCCUACGGCGUCUACUCCGCCAACCAACUCACCGCCAUCGUCGUCCUCAACUCCAAGCUCGCCCUCGCCUCUGACCCGUCCCCCCCCUCCAUCGACAUUCAGCUCUCCUUCCCCGACAAUCCCGGCCGCCCCGCCUACCUCUCCUACCUCACCGCCGCCGGCGCCGACACCCAGUCCUCCGCCGACACCAACUGGAACGGCUUCAUCUUCUCCGACGUCGACGGCACCCUCAUCCCCGCCGACCCUCCCGUCGGCUCCACCCCCAACCGGGACGCCGUCGUCGGAACCGACAGCACGCUGUCCGUCUCUCUGCGCGAUAGCGAGGCUGUCAUCGUCUCG